GACUGUUUCCUUGUGAGCAUCCUCUCUAUAUCUUCGACAGGACUCCAGUCUCCUUCCAGCCCUCCAGUCCACCAUUUCUCCGAACUCUGACCAGUGAAGGGAAGAAUUCAACAUGGCUACCAGAUCAAUAACUGGUGCAUGUGAUACGAACUGUGCUUUACAUUAUCCCCGUUUUUAUACUAAUUAUCAUAGUAAUUGAUGUGUGUGAUUAGUGUUAAUGCUUCAAUUAGAUUACAAUUAACUGCGGUAAUCAGUUUUUAACUAGUGUGGUGAUGAUAAACCUGUGAUGAUCCAGUGUGUGUGAAUGUUUACAUCUGCCGAGACAGGUUAUAAAAACAAGUGUUUUUGGGGUUUUUACUGAGAUUAUGAGUGGUUCAACACAAAAAUGGUGAAGAAUUUGGUUGUGUCAUCUAGUUUAAACUUAUUUUACAACGUUUCUUCAUGGUGUGACCUACUGCAACAUCAAAACUAUCUCGAAAUAAUUACCUAAAACCAGAUUUAUCGUGCAAUGACCCCAUACUUGGAACCAAUUUCAAUGGACAUCGAUAUUUUUCAAUACAGUCGAAGGUAUUUUCAUAAAAGCAACCUAUGUGAUCGUUAGAUUGUGUCAUUUAAUUAUUAAAACAAGUGUUCAUAUAAUUUUUAGAUAUAAUGUGCUCAAUACCUAGGUUCCUUUUAGUUGUUUUGGGUGUAAAUAUUGUGUUCAUAUCGUAUUGUACAGCCUAUUUAUUAGUUUUAACGGAUAAUGAUCGACCGGGAAAAGUUAUUUUUAACGCGUCCACAACGGAAAGUAGUAAAGUUCCGAGGGUGUAUUCGUUGAAUACUGAAAAAAGUUUUACGGCGGUGAAAAAAUUGUUUGAAGUUGGCCCAACUAGUGGAGUGGUUACUUUGAGGAAAAAAUUGCAGUGUGACGGUGUCAAAUAUCCAAAUUUAUUUACAAUUUACGUGGAUUCUCUGUCAAAUGCUACACUGGAUUACAUCUCUUUUCCUCUGAGGAUACUAAUUCAUGGAUGCGAGGAUUUGAAUUUUGAUGGUGAACCAAACCAGAUAAAAUUGUCAGAAGCAAUAAAAUGGCCGAGCGAGACUAUUGCCACCUUCUCAGUACCUGUGCCAGACUACGAAUCAGGAGCCCUACCAAUCCCACCCAAGGACAUCUGUCUACGACGAAGUCAGCUGAUCGUGAACGUGCCAGCGACUCUGAUCGCGUCCAGUGUAACAGCGGCCGCAUCACAGACAGACAAACAAACAGCGCAGUGUGUGAUCACCUCGCUGGACACAUGGGACGCACGACUGGCGGUCGAGUCGCGUGCGGGCGACUUGGUCGCGCGACAGGACACGUGUGUCUCGGCCGAGCCGCCGUCCAGUGUGACUCUGGUCGCUGAGUACCGAUGUGAACCGCCCUUACCACACCUCGUCUCUCCUAUGCAGCAUUAUAUCAAGAUCUACUUCUCGUAUAAGAAGGAGGACCCAGAUUCAUUACGGGUGAGACGUGACACACAGAAGCGAAGUGCGCCCACAUUUGAACGUGUCCUGUAUUUGGCAUCGGUCAGCGAAGAACAACCUGCUGGCGUGUCCGUAUGCACACUCACGGCUAGGGAUACAGGUGGCAGUGGAGGGGGAGGUCUACAGUACAGUAUGGUGUCCCUACUGGAUAGUCGCUCUCAGUCUAUGUUUGGCAUAGACACAAAAACUGGGAUAGUCACCACUGUAUCUAGCCUAGACAGAGAACUUCUAGAUGUCCACUAUUUCCGAGUGACUGCAAUGGAUAACUCGUUCCCUCCUCGUUCGGCCACCACAACUCUUCAAGUCAACGUUCUAGACGCCAACGAUCAUGCACCCAUGUUCGAGGCUAUCGGAGGCGAAUACCAGGCGUCAGUACGAGAAUCAGUGCCCGUGGGCCAAACGGUGACCACAGUCCGGGCGACAGACAAGGACAUAGGUCACAACUCCGAGGUGGAGUACAGCAUCGUGAGUGUGGACGGUGGCGGCCUUGAUGACUCCAAGGCAUCGGCUGAGGUGUUCUCCCUGGAUGCCCGCUCGGGCGUGAUCACCACUCGGCUCCAGCUGGACCGCGAGAGGACUCAGGUGUACACCAUCAUUGUCCAGGCCCAGGAUCAAGCCUUGCCUCCAGGCACCCGUAAAUCUUCAACAGCCACGGUGGUAGUGAGGGUGCUGGAUGACAACGAUAACUACCCCCAGUUUGUGGAGAGGACAUACACUGUGACCAUCCCUGAGGACACCAACUGGAAGGACAACCCUGUGGUGGCCCAGGUCAAGGCCACCGACGCAGACGAGGGACAGAAUGCUGCUAUCAGAUACGCCAUCAUCGGAGGCAACGUUCAAGGUCAAUUCUCCAUAGACAGCCAAUCGGGCGAGGUCAGCCUGGUGAAACCUCUAGACUUUGAGAGCAUGCGCAGUUAUCGCAUCACAAUUCGCGCGCAGGAUGGCGGCAGCCCAUCCAGGUCCAACACCACGCAGCUGUUGCUUAACAUUGCCGACGUCAACGACAACACGCCCCGUUUCUACACGUCGCUGUUCCAGGAGUCCGUAAUGGAGUCGGUGCCCACAGGAUACAGUAUAGUCAGGGUGCAGGCAUAUGACGCGGAUGAAGGAGAGAAUGCUGUUAUUAAGUACUCAAUCAAGCCUAAUACAGGUAGCACAGCCGAUCUGCCAAUAACAGUGGAUAGCGAUACAGGGUGGCUUCACACUAACCGAGCUCUUGAUCGAGAACAAAACGCCAAAUUUCAAUUUCAGGUUCUAGCAAUAGAUGGAGGGACUCCCGCACGCACAGCGACGGCUAGCGUGGUGGUGACAGUCCAGGAUGUGAACGACAACGAUCCACAGUUCAACCCAAAACAGUAUGAGGCGGUGGUGAGGGAAGAUGACACCCCAGGCACCCCUGUCGCCAAUGUAGUUGCCACUGAUCCUGAUGAGAACCCCCGUCUUCAUUACGAGAUCACAGGAGGAAACACGCGCGGCCGCUUCGCCAUCACGACCCAAAAUGGCCGCGGUCUGGUGACCAUCUCUCAACCCCUGGACUACAAACAGGAGAAGCGUUUCAUCCUCCUAAUUCGGGCGACGGACUCGGGAGGGCGCUACGACACGGCAACACUGUACGUGAACGUGACCGAUGCCAACAACUUCGCACCUGUGUUCGACAAUGCGCCCUAUGCAACCCAGGUGCAGGAGGAUGCACCAAUUGGCACCACUGUACUAAUAGUGGUCGCUAGUGACGGGGAUGUCGGCGAAAAUGCCCAUAUAAUCUACUCGCUAACCUCCACCCUUGGUGAAUCGGAAGACUUCACUAUAAACCCGCAGACGGGAGCGAUCACGACGCUGAAAGCCCUGGACCGCGAAAAGCAGUCCGGUUACCUGUUGACCGUGACCGCACGCGACAACGGCACGCCGCCGCUCACCGACACGACCGACGUCGAGAUAUCGGUCGCAGACGUCAACGAUAACGCCCCGACAUUUCUCAACAACGGAUACACGGGGUCUGUGCCUGAAGACGCGUUAGUUGGCACCAGUGUAUUACAGAUAAGUGCAACAGACGCUGACGUAGGUCUGAACGGACGUAUCAACUACGCACUGAGUGAAGGCACAGAGACGUUUGUCAUAGAUGCCACGUCUGGAGUGAUAAGGACCGCCAAGCCACUAGACAGAGAGAGUGUCGCCCGCUAUGAAGUCACUGCUCUGGCCAUAGAUAGGGGAGCUCCUCCCCUCACGGGAUCUGUUUUAGUAACAAUCAAUAUAGAGGACGUGAACGACUCUCCACCUGCUUUUGAAUCUGAUAAACUGACUCUGUACAUUGCUGAGAAUUCACCGGUCGGGUCUACUGUCGGAGAAAUCUUGGCUAUUGAUCCAGAUGAAGGUCAGAACGCAGUAGUCCACUACUCCAUAAUUGGAGGUGAGGACUCAAACAGCUUCUCCCUGGUGAGACGUCCUCAGUCGUUAGGCGCAGAACUGCUCACCAUGGUGGAGUUGGACUAUGAGAGCACGCACAAGCGCUAUGAGCUGGUCAUCAGGGCUGCAUCACCACCCUUGCGAACUGAUGUGCAUGUCGAGGUGCUAGUCACCGAUGUCAACGAUAAUGCGCCUGUCCUCAAGAAUUUCCAGGUGAUCUUCAACAACUUCCGCGACUGCUUUCCGUCGGGCGCAUUCGGCCGCAUUCCGGCGACAGACGCUGACGUCACCGACCGACUCCAGUUCCGCAUCAUAUCUGGCAACAAUGCCAACCUGGUUCAGCUCAACGAAAGCACUGGCAUGCUCAGUUUAUCACCACAGCUUAACACCAAUGUGCCCAAGGUCGCUACUAUGGAGAUAUCUGUCACUGAUGGCGUGAACGAGGUGAAAUCGACGAUGCAACUGUUGGUGAGGCUGGUAACUGAUGAGAUGCUGUUCAGCUCGAUCACAGUGCGACUUGGAGAUAUGACAGAGGAGGCAUUCCUAUCUCCGCUGCUUGGAUUCUUUGUCGAGGGUCUUGCCGCCAUCAUACCUUGUCCCAAGGACAACAUAUUCGUAUUCAGCAUACAGGAUGACACCGACGUGAACGCCCGUAUUCUGAACGUGAGUUUCUCAGCGCGUCGACCGGAGGCCGAUUUUUCCGCCCCUGAAUACUUACAGGAACGCGUCUACCUGCACCGGGCCACUCUUGCUCGCCUCGCCACCGUCCAGGUCUUGCCCCAGGAUGACAACCUGUGCGUCAGGGAGCCGUGUCUCAACUUCGAACAGUGCCUUACUGUCCUCAAGUUCGGCAAUGCUUCAGGUUUUAUCAGCAGCGACACCGUCCUAUUCCGACCCAUCUACCCGGUGACAACUUUCGCCUGUCGAUGUCCCGAUGGCUUCACCGGCAGCCGUGAGCACUACCUCUGCGACACCGAGGUGAACCUCUGCUACUCCUACCCGUGCCAGAACGAAGGCACCUGUUUCCGGUCUGAAGGCGGCUACACAUGCGCCUGUAAGGCCGGUUACGCCGGCACCAACUGCGAGAUCGACCUCUCCACCGACCUGUGUAAACCGGGCGUGUGUCACUCCGGCUCCACAUGCUCACCCCUGGUCACAGGUGGCUUCGUUUGCGAUGACUGCGCCCCCAGCGGCACCUUUGAACACUACAACCAACUCUGUCAACUUAGGGGAAGAUCGUUCCCCAAAAACUCGUUCCUAACCUUUCCGUCUCUCAAACAGCGCCACCGGUUACAUAUCGCCCUCAAAUUCGCAACGUUAUCAGACUCUGGGUUACUGCUGUACAACGGUCGUUACAAUGAACAACACGACUUCAUCGCUUUGGAGAUUGUGGAAGGGGGGGCCGGUGUGCAGUUUUCGUUCAGUUUGGGUUCGGAUGUCACUCGUGUGACCGCCCGUCUAAAGUCUGGAGUCAACGACGGUAACUGGCAUAGAGUGACCGUCGAUUAUUUCAACAAAACUGCAUCAGUGAGUUUGGAUGACUGCGACACAGCCCUCACCAUCAAGUACGGGGAGAAACUGGGGGAGACCUGUGCCAACAAAACUGUACAGAUCUUGGAGAGUCGCUGUGCGAUACUUUUCGAAACCUGUCACCGGUUUCUCGACCUCACAGGACCUCUACAGAUAGGAGGACUCCCUUCUCUACCCUCCUCAACCACCUUCCAAGUUCGUAGCAAGGAUUUCGUCGGUUGUAUCGCCGAUCUACACAUUGAUCACAAACUGAUCGACUUGAAUACAUAUGUAGCAGACAAUGGAACAGUGAUUGGAUGUCCCCAACGGAAAUCCUACUGUGUGUCGGAGCCUUGUUUCAACGGUGGAACCUGUUCCGAUGACUGGGGAACGUUCCACUGUGACUGUCCCCAGGGGUGGAGCGGGAAAGAUUGUUCCCAGUCAAUCUCCCCCGCCUGGAGGUUCCAUGGGGACAGUCUAUUAUCGUUCAACCCACUUCUACGCCCAAUCUUGUUGCCCUGGUUGAUUGGAAUAUCGGUACGAACCCUACAAUCCACAGCCUUCCUAAUGAGUGUACAGGUCGGUCAGAAUAGUUCCGCUGUUUUGUCACUGGAUGGGGGAAUGGUAGUUUUCACACUAGACUCCCAGAGGGCGGUGCUAGUUUCGGCGAAGAUCAACGACGGCAAAUGGCACAGAAUAGAAGUGAAUUGGAAUGUUGGAGGGGUUGUGACGAUUACCCUAGACAACGGGAGGAGAUCGGCAGCGAAAACGUUGAACGCCAAGCUGCAAGGGUUGUAUGUGGGCAGGAUCGCUGUGGGGUCUACUGAGGAUGAUCUAGAUAAGAAGCUGGGGUUCAACGGGUGUAUACAGGAUGUGAGGAUUGGGACCUCGCAAUCGAUCCUACAGAGAGCGACUGUGAAAGUCGGGGUGACUGACGGUUGCAUGGACUCGGACCCCUGUUCACACCACAGCUGCACACCGCAUAGCCACUGUGUGGCAGACUGGGAGAGCUACAGUUGUCAGUGUGAAUCUGGCUUCGUGGGCCCCACUUGUAAGAGUGUGUGUGACAUGAACCCCUGCGACCACGAGGGGGAAUGUGUGGAGGAUAGAAACGAGGUUCGUGGGUAUAAGUGUAUGUGUAACACCACAAAAUUCUCAGGGGAGUACUGCGAGGAAGCUGUGUCCCAAAUCUGUCCCGCGACCUGGUGGGGGAAACCAGUCUGUGGCCCAUGUAAGUGUGAUAUCGAUAAAGGGUAUGGGGCAGAUUGCAACAAAACUACAGGGGAGUGUUAUUGUAGGGAGAACCACUACCAACCCCCAGGCUCUGACCAUUGUCUACCCUGCAACUGUUACACGACGGGCUCCUAUGGGACGGAUUGUGACAGUGUGACGGGACAGUGCAGGUGUCGUACCGGGGUUCUGGGACAGGCUUGUGACCUGUGUCCCAACCCGGUGGCCGAGGUUACGCUACGAGGCUGUGAAGUGGUCUACGAUGGGUGUCCGCGCAACUAUGCUGGCGGUCUCUGGUGGUCGAGAACCAAGUUCGGGGAGGAGGCUAUCGAGAACUGUCCCACGGGAUCACAGGGGAAAGCGUCCCGGAUUUGUGAUGACGUAACGGGACAAUGGUUACAACCGAAUGUCUUCAACUGUACCUCGGAUAAAUUUGUGGAUUUGAGAAGAUUAUUGACACAACUAGAGUCUGGAGACGUGGGGAUUACAACGUUUGUAGCCGUAGAAGCGUCAAACACUCUCCAAAAAGCUACAAAUCUGACAGACAAUCUAUUUGGAGCGGAUAUUCUCAUCACGGAACAGCUGAUCGAUCGAUUACUUCUCUAUGAGGCCACACAAAUGGGGUUGAACCUCACCCACAGCCAGGACAAGGACUACAUACAAAAUAUCGUGAGUACUACCAGUGAGGUGGUGAAGGAAAAACACACAAACCUGUGGUUGAAAAUCGAGGAACUUACGGGGGAAAACGCGGAAAACCUGCUUUUCACUGUGGAAAACUACCUGAAAACACUGGCCCUCAACCAACGUGACACCUUCACUGAUCCUUUCGAAACGAUCUCGGAAAAUAUGGUGUUGGGGUUAGACGUGGUGAACUAUGAAAGUUUGUUCGGAUAUGAGAGUGAGAGUUUAAGUCUAGACGUUUUCCCAGGCUCCUCAGGGAAAGAAACAGAGAAAGUGAUCAUCCCCGACACUAGUAACAUCGUUCAACCCCUCGUACAACACGUGAAUUUAGUUGGAACAAGUAAUACCCCUAGUAGAUCUUCCAGCCCGGCAGUGAUCUUCCCAAAAUACAACAACUAUAUACAAGAUGUGACAAAAUUCGACAAGUUUUCACAUGUUAUGAUACCGGUGGAGAUGUUGGGUAUAAAACAGACAAAAGUGGGAGAACACAAGGUGAAAGGGGAGGCCAGUGGGCAAGCGAUUAUCGGUUAUGCACAGUACAAAACCCUGGGGAAAGUUUUACCGAUGCGGUACGAUAUGACGGUAGUGAGUCGCUGGGGGGUGGACCUAAUUGUCGCAUCCCCUGUCUUCACAUUAGUAGCGAUAGUCAUGGAGGAUAACGUGCAUAGUUUGUCGGAUUCCAACCCUCUCCCCGCACCGAUCAGAUUCAGGCUGUGGUUGAACGAGGAGGUGCGUUCCCCCCGCGCCAACCCCCAAUGUGUGCAUUGGACAAAUUCGCGGGGGUUUGGAGAGUGGUCUAGAGCUGGUUGCCACACAGAACUACCCCAAGGCAACUGGUGGAAGAAGUGUAACAGAUUUGAUAAGAGUUGUGCGUCAAAAACUACCCCACCAGUGUUGAUAAACUGUACAUGUAAUCAUUUGUCGAGUUUUGCAGUGAUUGUGGAUUUAAUCAAUGAUGAAUAUUUAGUUGAAACCACGGUUGGGGAGGAGUUUGCUACCUGGGUUGGGUUUUGUUUGGCUCUCUGGGCUCUAGCAAUGGCCACCUUUAUGUUGAGUAUACUCAGAGCCAAAACUAAUUCCAGUGCGAUCUACACUAACCAAGCACUAACUCUCCUUCUCGCUGAGUUACUAUUUUUGAUCGCUCUCAAAGCCCGUACUUCGUUGAUCGCCAGCGACGUCCCUUGCAAACUGAUCGCCAUGGCGUUGCACUACCUCUGGCUUUGCGCCCUGAGCUGGUGGCUUGUGGGAUCGAUCCAUCUGUACAGAAUGCUCACAGAGGUACGGGAUGUGAACCACGGGCCGAUGCGGUUCUACUACUGUUUGGGAUACUCUCUACCGGCCAUCAUUGUGUGUUUGGCUAUUGGUGUACGCACAGACCAAUACGGCAACAUAUUUUUCUGUUGGUUGUCUCUGUACGAAAGUGUGAUCUGGAGUAUGAUUGGUCCCGCAUGUCUGAUCAUCUCCAUAAAUCUGUUGGUUUUGAUGUUUGCACUACGAGCUGCGUUUACAGUGAAAGACCAUGUAGCAGGCUACGGGAAUUUGAGGCGGUUGCUAUGGUUAAACGUGGUUUCCCUUCCAUUAGUAACGGCUUGUUGGUUGCUGUGUCUAAUCUCAGCUUCCGAGCACGAUCCCAGUUUAACCUACGCUUUAUCAGCCACGGUGGUUACUCAAGCCUGGUUUCUGCUGUUUGGAUACUGUUUGAGCAACUCCAGGGUCCGUUCCAGUCUUUACAGACUCAUGCUACAGAUGAUCGGCCGCAAGGUACCCCCAGUAGACACCGAGGAAGACGAGGAGGAUUUUCAAAAUCGGAACGUUCCCACCAGAACCCUGCAGCCGACACGGUCGGCGCUGGCGUACAGGUCGGGGGGUGCCGGAGGGGGGAUGAUGACGUCACAGUUUGACGCGGCGGGUCGCCGCCAUAUUGGGAUUUCGACGUCUAGCACCACUUCCAGGUCGACUACUAAGACGGGAAGCAGUCCUUAUAGGAGUGACACGCAACUGAGACAGACGUCAACGUCGACUAGCAACUAUGACCAGUCUGCGUCAGAUGUGCCCGUCAGGAGGCAGACUCAGCAUACGUCUGACUCAGAAUCUGAGGUGUCAGCUGACGGUCGCAGCCUAGAACUGGCGUCAAGUCACAGCAGCGACUGUGACGAGGAAUCAUCAUCCCGUCAGCGACGUGGCGACAGACGCGCCAAAGGAUUGGUGACCGGCUCCACUGACUACAACCUGCCUCCCAAUAUCAGGUGUGACAGUGUGGCCUCCUCACUGAACUCCUCCUCACAGCGAGGUGCCUCCUCCUCAGCAGCAGCUGCUGGUAUUCAGCCUCCUCCUCAGUUGAACAUCAUUGCCAACUCGGAACUUUUCAAACCCAUCUAUGCGCCUAGGUGGCCUCUAGCUCCUCCUACAUACUCUACAGUGGAACAAGUAGCCCUGGAUGAGAGCUUCAUACCACACCGCUGGACCAACAUGUCAGGCUCCACAAAUGUGUCAGAUAGUGACAUGACAAAAGGAGCCACUGCGCAUGCGCUAGACCAAGCAAUGGGCAAUCUCUACUACUCUCAUCACCCCAGGGAGCCCUCUCUGUCUGACGCUGAUGAUAAGAGCAAUCUGGGGGAGAAGUAUCUCUUUCCCUACACAGCUGAAGAAGACCACUGCAGCACAACUGGACUAAGUCACAGUCAGAGACCCCUACAGCAGUCACAGUCACAGUCAUAGUCAGCUCAAUGACCCCCUCAUGGCGGCCUCCUAUCAACAGCUCCCUCUAAUGGCGUCUCCCCACCAACAGCUCCCCUUAAUGGGAUCGCAUCAAAUGAUGCCACCAUCUUCGCCCAGUCCCCUCCUCAUGCAUCCGCAUGACUUCCAGUGUCCCGACAUAUCUGAGACUGAGAAAGAUACGAGUGAAACCCCUGUAUGAGGAGAAGACUCCAAUGACUGACCUAGUUCAAUCAUAUCGUGACAUCAAUCAUUUGUACAUAUUUUUCAAAUUUAUAUUUAAUUCAGAUCAUAUUCUGUACAUACAUAUCUUGCUACAUCCUGCCAUACAUACGAUUCAUGCAUUUUCUUCAUAAAUAAGUUCAAAUUUCAUGAAUUUUUCAUCAUAAUCUAGUUCAAAUUUGACGCAUUUAUCGUAAAACACACAUUCCAAAGCCAGUAUUUGAAUUUAAAUCGUAAGCUUGAGCUUUAAAUUGAGUUUAUAAAUAGAACUUGAAAACUUUAGUCAUAUUCACACGGCACUGUUGUACUUAAGAUCUCAACUGUAUAGAAUAUUCUAAUAUAUAAUUAAAUUGUUUCAUUCAAAAAUAUUAUUUUCCUACAGUUACCUUGAAAAGUGACCAUUCCUGCACUGAUUACAGAACGUAAAGAAUCACUUUUCCGCUCUAGUGCGCAAAGUAUUA